ACGAGCAUCUGUAUAAUCUUUAUCUGAGCGGUGUCAAGCGCUAAACAACGUAACACUUUAAACCUCAACGAUUAUUGUUAAACGGCAAACAGCUUUUAACGCGUCCCGGUGCGUUUUUUCUGCUUUCUGUCAUCCGUAAACUCUUUUGAUUGACAACAUCAGCGCGCGUCUUUAACUCAAGCCUGGAUUAAACAGUUUUAUGUUCUUUUAAGAUGUUUGACCACGGAAUUAUUUGCAUCAGAGAAUGAGUGCUUAAGUCUUAAUUAUAAGCAUUUGGUCCAGUGCCCCUAAAGUCUUUUCACCACUUAACACUGAGUUUGGCUGGACACUGAAUUGCUCAAAUGGACCUCCAUCGGACUGCCUUUAAGAUGGAGAACUCCUACAUGUCUGGUCCACUAACCUCCCCUGCCCUCAUGGUCCUGGCAUCAACAGCGGAAGCCGGACGUGAUGCCUCUGUACCCUGCCAACCUCCGCGACCAUUCGGAGUGCCCGUCACUUUAGAAAAGGACAUGCAUCUCCCGUUCCCCAGUGGUUCUUAUACCUUUGCCUCCAUGUACCAUCGCCAAGGUGGUUUCGCUCCUCGAGACUUCCCCACACCCCUUCUCCACCUUCACCCACAGUUUGCUCCACCCAAUCUGGACUGCUCACCACUGGGUAUGCUUAACCACGGAGGGGUGGGGGCCUUCCGGCCGUUCUCAUCCCCACCUGAGGAGCGUGAUGGAGGGGGAUACCAGUCCGCUUUUCUCCCGGCCAAGCGCUUAAAGGGCGGCCUGGAACCGGAUGCUGCACCUCACCUCCGCUACACGGAUGUGGAGGUGAAAGAGUUUGACUUUGGGGGUGCUCAUGUUCCUGCCGGUUCUCCGAGUGCCCUGAGGGUAGCUGAGGAUGUUGGGAAGAAGCUGUUUAGCCUGUCUGGGCUGUUAGCAAAUGCACAGACUUCAUCCGGCACAGAGGAGCACAAAGAAACAAAUAAAAUAAAGAGCCUGUAUGACACUCAGACGCCCAUGUGUCCGAUCUGUCAGUCUGUGCUGAGGCCUGGAGAGCUACAGGAACACAUGGAGGAGGAAAUGGAGCGUCUUGUGCAGCUGCAAAACGGUCAGGGUCCCGCUCAAAAGGAGUUUCUCUCUGCUGGGCAGCCUAAGUCGCUUUUCUCUAUGCACAUAAAGAGAGAAGGUCCCUUGUCCGUUUCCUCUCCGCGUCCUGCUGAUGAGGCUGUGAACUCUGACAGGUACCAGACAUUUUUGCGAGUCCGAGCAAACAGGCAAACGAGACUAAAUGCACGCAUUGGUAAACUGAAAAGACGGAAAGCGGAGGAAGAUCAGAGAGAUGGUCUGGGUGUUAUUGAAGAUGCCUCAGUGCUGUCAGCCGGGAGUGAGUUUGAAUGGGGAGAACAGAGACGAAUACAGAUGGUUUCUGUUCUCAGAGGAUUCAGAGGUUUGGUAAGCAGCACAUUGAAGGAGCACCAGGACAGUGAUGCAGAUCUGGACGUGGAUGGAGAUGAUACUCUGGAGUAUGGAAAAGCCCAAUACACAGAGGCAGAUGUGAUUCCCUGUUCAGGAAAACAAGCGAAAGAUGCAGAGGAACGGCGAGCGCUGAGAGGAGUUAUAUUAAAUGGGGACACAUUCAACCGGUUAUCACCAGAGCAAACCAAGUUGGCAAAUUCAGAAACUCCAACUACUAGUAAUGUAGAGUUCGACAGCAAAACAAGCACAACGUCUCCAAGAACCUGUAAGAACAGCGAGUUAGAGAAUGUAUCGGACGACCCCUCCCUCGGCACACUAGAGGCCCUAAAAACACGAAUCAGAGAUCUGGAGAAGCAGCUCACACGAGGUGACAGAUUCAAGUGUCUCAUCUGUAUGGAUUCAUACACCGUACCCCUGACGUCUAUUCAGUGCUGGCAUGUUCACUGUGAGGAAUGCUGGCUUCGCACUCUGGGAGCAAAAAAGCUUUGCCCGCAGUGUAAUACUAUCACUUCACCUGGGGACCUGAGAAGAGUGUAUUUGUGAUGAAAUACACUCGUUUCUUUGGUGUCUUUUCAUCUGCCUGUUUGCACUCUACAUAAACUUUUACUGAAGAGACUCUGUUCAUGUUGAAAAGCAUUUAUAUGAAGACCACUGUGACCGGUUUUCAUUUCUUGAAGAAAUGGUAUAUGGUAUAAAUCCUCAGAAAUUGUAAGGAUGAUAAAACAGAAUUGUAUUUCUAUGUACUUAUAAAACCUUGUUUUGAUGUUCAAUUAUCAUUUUUUUAAGUUAUUCUCAUAGAGAAAGAUAUAAAGCAAUCUGUCCAAUAGAUUUGUGAAUGUUUUCAGACUGAAACACUGAAGUGAACCUACAGUAGCGGUGUUGAUCGAGAGAGUUGAGCUUUCAAAUCGUUCUUAAACUGUGUUUUGUGAAGAAUGUGCAGAAAAGCAACGAAUCUUUUACUUUUCCGUAUUUUUCCAUACUUUACCAUGUGACUGUACAGCUAUACAGUAAUGUUUUGAGUAAAGAAUUAGGAUAUUUUAAAUAUGAUUUAUGAUAACUUAUGUUGCCUUUGAGGUGAUGUACUGUUUAUAUAGUGUAUUUGUUUAUCUCAUACAUUGUAUUUUUGUUUGUUUAAUCGUUCCUUUAUGCUAAGCAUGCUUAAAAUUAAAGAGACGAGAUUGCAUAUGGCACAAAUUUACAAAACCCCCUACAUUUUUACAUUGACCUUAAUGCCAAAAUUAUGGACACUUCAUAUUCAUACAGUAUACAAUAUAUUCUGAAUUAAAUAGCGCUCUGUAAAUUUUCUACCUUUUCUCCUUUAACUUGCUUUUAAAGAUAAAACUGUCUUUAUUUCUGUUGAUAUUUAACUAUAACAGGUGAUUAGCAGGUUGUCUUAUAUAUAACACAGCUACAUUUAGUAGCAUAUGCUGCCCUCUGGCUUUUAGGUUGGGUUGCAGCACUUCUCUCCACUUCUGAGCAGAGCAAAGACCUCCUGAAUUUAGGAAUCUAACAGAAGAGUAGUUCAGUUUCCUUUUGUGGUAUUUUAGCAAUAGUUUUGUUACUGUCUAGACUCUCUAGUCCAGUUACAACACGUAACGGAAAUAUCGUGAAGCACUUUUGAUAGUUAUCUAAAAAUAAAUAGACUGAAACAUAAAACCAGCCUU